AUGAAUGUUGUUGGGAAGACAAGGUUGCGUACCAAGACCGGCUGUCUCACGUGUAAGUUUAUCUAUCUUUGGGUUCGAUUCUUUUGGGAUCUGACCUUUGAACAUCAAGGCCGACAGCGCCGCAAGAAAUGCGACGAGAAGCUACCGAUAUGCGGGAAUUGUAUAUCCUCCCACCGUGAUUGCCAGUGGCCAACAUUUGCAGAUCUCUAUGAUCGCAGAUACGCAUCUCAUUCAGAAUCGCGUCAUCGAGAAAAUCUGUCCAAAUUUCAAGAAUCCGGAUUGAACUACAAUAGCCUGCAUAAACUUUGCCGCUCUUCUCAUGGCCAGCAUAAGCUGUUUUUAUCAGGUGCUGAACUUUCCAGUUCUGCCGUUGCACAACGGGUGCUCUCACAAGAAUUGGACUGUCACAUUUCUCGCCACUUUGUGAACAAAUUCUACUCUCUUCUAUUACUGCCUUACUGCCACACUCAAUAUCACGAUGGCUGGCUGUCCGAAUUACGACAAGCCAUGGAAACUCACAAAAGCCUUUACUAUUCUAUUCUGGCCUGCGCUGCAUCUCAUAUGUCGAUAAUCGAUGCCUCUUCCAACAUGAAAUACAUGGCACUUGGUUAUUACACGAAUUCUGUCAGAGAACUUUCAAGCCUUCUUUCUACCAUCUCGCAAGAUGAUAAAAACGACGGGCUGCUAAUGACCAUCAUGAUGCUGUCCCUUCAUGGAUUGGCGAGCUGGGACACUAAUUGUGAUAUUCCGCAACAUAUUCAGGCAGGAAUCAGACUUCUGACCCUUCAUGUGCUAAACAAACCUCUGGCGGUUUCUCGACUGUUUGAUAGGCUAUCGCUUGAGAGCGUCAUGUACGCAGUAUUCAUUAGUACGGCGAGUCUCUGGUCAGAUUCAACUGGCUCUCACUUCACGUUUGACAACGUCUUCUGGAACCGAGCGGAGCAGGUUUUGGGGCAAACCAAUUUCUUCCCAGAAAAUUCAGGAAGCUCAGACAGCCCCGUCCUCGGUGUCUCUGUUUCUCUCUUUCGGAUUGCCUUGUCUCUUCGGCAUAUCUUUCGCACGGGGAUACUGCCCGAACCCUCGGAGCUUCAACGCUUACAACACGAUGUAGCCGACUGGGAAGGACUGCUGCUUGAAGACCAGAAUCUUCUGAAUUAUCUCCCAGACGACCCACAAGGACGUGACUUCCAGGAAGAUUAUCACAAGACUGCUAUCCACCUCUUCACGCUAGUUACGUCCUUGCUACUCGGUCAAAUUCUCCGUGGAGGUGUACUGGCUGGACUCCCACAGACAAUUUCGCGUGGGAGUUGGCAGAUGAGCCUAGCAAUUCAAAUCGUCGAGAAGUACGCAAACGACAGAGUAUGGGCUACGUGUUUCAUCGUGCAGUGGCCGAUAUAUACCCUGGGAGUGUUGAUGGAGCUGCCCGAAGACCGGCAGCUCAUCCGUAAGCAGCUCCAGCAAAGCUGUGAUGUCACCAGCUUCGCACAAGUUGCGCGGUAUAGCUACGAUUUAGAAACUAUAUGGACAACUCGAGAAGGAGUGGCACCUAUCGAUGAGGAGCAAGAGUCUGAAGGGGGUUUGCAUCUAUUAUUUUGA